AUGGUGAUUUGGGUUAAUGAAGAUGUAACAGAUUCCGGAACUAUGGGAGCACCAUCUGUCAUCUUUCCGUUUUAUUUACUGUAUGUGGGAACAUCUACUGAUGAAGUAACUAUCAAGAGAGCCAUUCCAGUGGCGCAGGUGGCUCACGUGUCACAUAGCCAACAGAAAAGAAACAUGAUGAAUAGUUCUUACAGCACUAGGGUAUCAGCCCCUACUUUUGUUUCUGGACGUGAAGGUGGUAAUGAUUUCACCAACUUAAAUCCGAAUGGAAGGUUGGUGAAUAAUGAGCCUAAUCAACCUGAAACACCCAACAUAAACGAAAACAACAAAAAAAGUUUAUUUUCUUGUACCGACAUUACCUGGGUAGGCACUCUUAACACUAGAACGAUAAGAACUGCUCAGAGGAAACUGGAGAUGGUACAUCUUUUCGAGAAGAGUGGAGCAGAGAUUGUAGGUAUCCAAGAGCACAGGAUAGUCCAUGAAGAGCCUGUCAAAGUAGAGAGAGUUGGCAAGAGCAGCUAUCUAAUUACUUCAUCAGCUACUAGGAAUCGGGCCCAGGCAGCAGUGGGCGGAGUGGGAUUCAUCCUAACUAGCAAGGCAUUUGACGCAACUACGGAGAUAACACCAGUAACGGAGAGAAUCCUUAAGAUAUCUCUAAAUGGUAAUCCUAAACCAACCUUCGUCUGUGUCUACGGACCUACGGACGCAGAUAGUGUAGAAGCAGCAGAGAAGUUUCAUACCGAUCUAAGGUGUGCAGUCUCACAGAUCCCUGCUCACAACUUCUUGGAGGUGAUUGGGGAUUUUAACGCUCACCUAUCAAAGAGGGACGAGAAUGACUUUGGUUGGUAUUUCCAUGAGAGAACCAACAGAAAUGGGGAGCUGCUUCGGGAUACUGCCCUGGAAUGCAAUCUGGAGAUUACAAACACCAGGUUCAGAAAGAAGCGGGGUAAGAUGUGGACUCACCUAUCGGAUGGAACCCUGAAUAAGUCUCAGUUAGACUUUAUUCUAGUGAGGAAGAAGUGGAGGAAAAGUGUCAAAAAUACUGAAGUCUACAGCUUCUUUAGUACACUGGGUACUGAUCAUAGACUUGUUUUGUCUAAGAUCAAGCUAUCUCUUCGACGAGCAAAAAAGCUACCCAAGAAAACCUGGUAUAAUUGGGGAGCACUUAAAUCGGAUGAAGACCUACAGAAGAGAUAUGCAGUAGAAGUCAAGAAUCGGUACUCUGCUUUAUGCGAGCAAACCGAUGAAAGUGAGGUUACGGAGCUGUAUGGGCAUUUUGUUGAUGCGAUUGCUGAUACCAACAAAGCCAUACUGCCUAAGAGAGAAAAGAAGAGACGUGACGAUUUCGCGUGUGAUCAGCGAGUUCAAAGCGUGCGUACAGCCUUGCAGCAAGCAGAGACUGUCUAUCACCGGGAUCCUAGUGAAGACAGUCGACUGUCUGUUAAGCUACUAAAAACUGAACUGGAUCAGGUGUACCAGGACAUCUUUGAAGAAGAUCUAGUUGCCAAGGUUAGAAGGGUCGAAAUGGCUGCAGACAGAUGCAAAAACAAAGAAAGUUGGAAUGUCAUAAAUGAGAUAACUGGCAGGAAGGCCAAGGGGGCAACUCAAAUAAGGGGCAACGGAGCCGAAGAAAGGAAGAAAAAUUGGCUUGGGCAUUUCACGAAUCUGUUAGGGAGUAUACCGGAUGUGGAAAACGAGCAUCCUAGGAUCGAGACUCAAUUUGAAGGACUCAACAUCAGUACAGAACCUUUUACUGUCAAUGAAACGAAAAGUUUUCAAUGA